UGUUGCUUAUGCUAACCAAUUUGAAUAAACAGUUUUGCAAAAUACAUCUAGAUAUUAUUGUUUCGGUCGGCAAUACAUAAGCCAUUUGAUCAAUCGUAAAAAAACCAUUGAAGCAGCCAGUACAACUAUCAUUGCAAUUAUUUAAUAAUAAUGAAACUCUUCAGUUUAUUAAUAUCUUUUCUAUUCCUUGCGGGUGUUUUGGCAGAUGAUGAGUCGGAUUAUAUGGAUAAUGUUUUGAGUUCAACUGCAGUCUUUAAAAUGGUUUAUUUUAUGAAUGACGUAGAUGGUAGACAUGGAUUAAAUGGUUUGGAGGCUGUUAUUGAAAAAAUGGUUGAUGAUAUCAAUAAUCAAUAUACUUACGAGAAUUUCUGCAAAAUUAAUUUUUUGAUCGCUGUACCGGAAGCAAGAGAUAUUUUAUCCCAUGUAGCGGUUUCAGGUCAAACAGAUCUUCAUUUAAAUCAAACGCAAAAAGCCAAUUUAUUUCUCGAUCAUAUGAUACGAUUCAUAGGCGCAGCACUUUUAGAAAAAAAACUGGAUUAA